AUGCUUUACACUGGGAAUCUUAAGCGUAAAGUGCCACAUCAGCAGAUCAACUGGACAACUGAGGACAUCGGUGCUAUCAUGGGUGCCUCAAGCAGCACUGCCAUCGCGCCAGAAAGCAAGGAAUCGGAAGGUGAAAUGGUGCUGAAUGACCUCCACAUUGAGACAGGUGAUCAGAACGCCGUUAAGAAUAUGCUGGAUGAUACCGUCGUAGAGUUUUUUCAGGAGAAAGAGGAUUUUAAGCUUCAUUACAAAUGGGAUAAUGCGAAAAUGCUGCUUAUGCUGGUGGCAACGAUCAUUGCGGCCAUGUCGCAUUUCUACAAGCAUCCUGCUAUUCCCGAACACGUGCUCGUCUACUCCUGUGUGGCAGGGUUUUUCUUCAUUCAGGCGCUCGUGGUUAUCUACACCACGUUCAUUGAGAAGGAUAUUCUCCUGCGGAUGACGCGAGUGGGCUCAGCUGGAAAGACCAUUCUGGUGCGAACGUCGUUCCCUUACACAGAGUCGCACUAUACCAUGAGGAUUCAUUACGCUGACACGAAGGGGAAGCAGAAAAAGGAGGAGCUGUACGUUGGACGUUACUUUGAUAAGGACGGGUACUUCAGCAAGGACAACUUUGUCAAGGACAUCGAGACCGUUCUGUCGCGUUUUCAAAAGGACAAGAAGCAAUAA